CUCUCGCCGACAGGAAUAUUAGUGCAGGAUGAAUUCAAAUAUACCUCCAUCACAAACACCCAGAUACCUCUUCAUCUAAGUGUCAUCGAACCUUUGUUGAAAGUUUCGAGCGACUUACCAUCUUCGGCCCAAAUUUCAGUUCCAUUGGACGACACUCUCCAAAUGAAGCUGAUUAGCAUUGCUUCCACGACAGCUUUGGCGGGCCUUUUGUUGUUGGUGCCUGCUGCAUAUGGGGAUCGACAUCAAUGUAGUUAUGGAAAAGCAUUUUCCAUCUCAGAAAUUCAAAAUAAACUUGAAUAUGGCAAUUUUGUAGAUGCUAGACCUGGCGACCCUACAGAUCCCGACGGCAUAAAAUUUUACGCAAUGCGAUUUGACAUGAUGCCAGUACUUGGAGUGACUAUUACAUAUUUAAUCCAAAUCGUUUACGAACCUCCAUACUAUCGAUUCUAUGAGAAAACCUCAUCAGGAUGA